UUAGUAAAAUGAAGAUAAUUGCCGCAACUGCACUCCUUGCAUUCGUCGGUUUUCUUCAUUUCAAAUGUACAGGUGGAUUUCCAGCUAAUCACGUUUUUAUAGAAAUGACGGAUCACUCUACAUUUGAAGGAAUGAUCAAUCCAUUCACCCACCGAGACCUACCGUUAUGGAUGCAACCUGGUCAUGCGCAUCAUGUUUUGGACUUUUACGCUUUUAUACGAACGGAGACGGGCGCUCAUUUCACUUCAAUUGUCGCUACGACAAAUCGACCUUUCAAUCAUGAUCCUCGUCCUAAUGGUCCAGUUUACGCUGAACUACGUUUAGGAAAUGGUGAAUGUUUUGUAGCUGACUCUUUCCAAGUCUAUGUUCCCCGUAUUGCACAUACUCAAAACCAACCUAAUUUACCACCCAAAAACAAAAUUUAUAUAGUAAUGAAACACGGCCCUGUUUACAGUUCAGUUUUAGACAAAUAUAAUUCACCGGAGAUAAGUAUCUCCGAGACAUACAGUUCUUCUUCUGGAACAUCACAUUCAUCACCUGGGACAUCGCAUUCAUCUUUUCCAACAACCCAUAAACGUCUAAAGAUAUUCUAGGGAUAUCGUGAAGGAUGAGCUACUUGGCGGAAAUCUUGAUAUCACAGCAAAAAUUAUGGAUAAAGUUUACAUCGAUUCCAGGAGAAAAAUUCAUCACAACAAAAGUUAACUUUGCCAGUUAAACUUUACAGGAAUCUAAGACAAUUUCUCAUUUUUAACCUUGCCGGGAUAAUAAUUCGCCUCAUAAUCGCUCCAUUUUUAUUCGAAAGGUAGCGAAAGUUCGACGGCAGCUACAUCUACCGUCGUUUAACUUCAUCAAAUUAGAGAAAAUGGCGGUUCCUGGCUAUCAGUUGCUUUUUGCUAAGUGGUAUAAAAAAGUUCUAGUUUCCUUACAAUAGUCUAAUCUGUUUUGCAGGAGAUUGAUAAGUAAGAACAAAGUUUUAUUUGUGCUCUCUGUUACUGAUUCUAUGUUCUACUUAAAUUUGCUCACUACAUCGUGGCGCAUAUUCAGUCAGAAUUAUUCUCCUAAUCUCGGUAAAAUCUUCGAGGAAAUGCGUUUAAUUUUUAACAGUUUUAAAAUUUACCUGCAACAAAUUUUAACUUUUCUUUUUCUGUGAUUCCUUAGAGAUUUCGAGGAUGUCCCAAUUCUAUCAUUGUUUACUUAUUUCCCUAGAAAUGAAGAUAUGUAUACAUAGCAUCUGCAAAUUAUGCGUACUUAAACAAAUAAAUAAACUUAUCAUCCCAGAUUAAAAAUAUAAACAUUGCACUUAUAUUUUCAUUUUUAAAAUGGCUCUUAUCCCGGACGAUUGAAAGUAUAUUUUUUGUGACUGAGAAUAAAGCACUUGAAACUAGGUGAAAAGUUGCCAUAUUUACAAUGAUCUUAACUAUGAUCUUAAUGGGCUAAAGAACCCAUUUUUCAAAUAAAAAUUUGUAAUAUAUUUUUACAUUAGAAUUGAUUUUUAAUUGUUAAUAUUUAAACUUGAUGUUAUGCUGAAAUAAAUUAAAGGCCCGUUUAAGCAGAUGCAAUACGGCUUGAUUCAUGCUUCGGAUACAUAACAACACCUAAUGGAUCAACCAUUAUCAUAUACUAUAUGCCAAUGAAUGAAACCAAAGACUAAUAAUCAAGUAGGACUUAUGGGCAAAAUAAUAAUCGAUGAAACCUGAACAGUGGUAGCUUUAGAUAUGAUAGGACAAUUGCCUUGGUCAAAGUCUAAGAAUAAAUACAUACUACUUUUUGUAGAAAUGUUUAUUAAGUCGGUAGAGAUAAUUCCAGGCAGAAAUAAAUUAAAAACAGCAAUAGAAAGUGAACUUCACAAACAAAUAAUUUCGAAGUGGGGAAUACCUAAAAAUUUAUUUACAGAUAACGGAAAAUUAAAGCAUGUUCAGAUAAUCAUAAAGAAUAGGGUAAAGAUUUAGACGAUUUACAAUUUCCUCUUAACACUAGCAUACAUUUCUCAACAGAUUUUACAUUAGAUAAUAAUUAGAGGAGAAAUCAUUAAAGCUUGGAUACCUUAAGUGAAAAUAAUUAGGCAAAAUAUUAUAAUUUAAGUUCCGAAGUAGGAGGACCGGUAUGGUGUAGGGAAAAGUCACUUUUAAAUAAAGCAGAAAGGAUUGCUAAGAAACUAAACAAAAUUUUUGCAGUUCCUUUAGGUAUUAAAACCCAGAUGUCAUCAAAAAUUUACGAGCUAAAGAUUAUAUUAGUUUUUUAAAUUAAUUUCUGUACCCUAAACAAACGUGACAGAAAUAUGUAUGUUUUUUAACCCAAUAUUUCUUCCAAUUGAGUGAUAAUUAAAAAUUAAUGUAAUCAGAGAUAGUAAAAAAAUAACAUGUGGAUGAUGAAAGUCGGCAAGAUUAUAAAAGGCCAAAACAUAAUUUUAAUUAAAAUUACUGUAGAGUUG